CUCCUCAAUUUGGAAGAUCAUUUCUAAAUUCUAAUGGACACAAACUGGCCUUCGUUUCUGGCCACGGCCGCACUUUUACUAGCUGCUGUUUCCAUUCUUUACCGGCGUCAGAAGAAGAACUCCAGCUCCAAACCCUCCUCCGAGUCCAACUCUUCUUUGUCUGACUUUGAUUCUUCUACGCGGCCUCUCCCGGCUGGAAACUACGAGGUUUUCCUGAGCUUCAGAGGUCCCGACGUGCGAACAACUUUUGCGGAUUCUCUCUACCACUUCCUUGACCAUUCCAAGAUUCGCACCUUCUUUGAUGAUGAAGGGCUCCGAAAGGGCGAGAAGAUUGCGCCUUCGCUCGUCCAGGCUAUCCAGGAAUCCAAAAUCUACAUUCCAAUCCUUUCCCAAGGAUAUGCUUCCAGUAAAUGGUGCCUUGAGGAGCUCUCUCUCAUGGUGAAAUCCUUGAAUCAAAACCAAGGCCACAUCUUAUUGCCCAUUUUCUAUUUCGUGGAGCCUAGGGAUGCUCGGCGCCAAGAGGGUUCUUAUAGUCGAGCAUUUCGACAGCACAGUCGGAAACAUGAUGCAGAGACGGUAAAGGAAUGGAAGGAAGCUCUCCAAGUGGUCAGCCAUAUGAAAGGAUGGCAUGUGACCGAAUCCGACGGACAAGGAGCCGUGAUAGACAAGAUUUUCUCUCACGUGUGGUCACAUCUGAUGGGAAAUUAUAGGAUAGUAACUGAUGAGUUGAUUGGUGUUGAAUCACACGUAAAAGAAGUGAGGGAUUUGCUGGACUUGGACUCCAAGGGUGUGAAAAUUGUUGGGAUUUACGGUAUGGGUGGUAUUGGCAAGACCACCAUAAGCAAAGCUGUUUAUAACGAUGUCUCUUCACGGUUCGAACGUUCUUGCUUUCUAGAGGAUAUACGGGAAACAUUGUUGAAGAAUGAUGGUGCUGUUACUUUGCAAAACAAGAUCAUUUCUAGCAUUAUGAGGCAUGAUAGCCAUGUUAAAGAUACUAGCGAAGGGAUUCACAUAAUUAGAGAUAAAGUUUGCAAGUAUAAGGUUUUAAUUGUUCUCGAUAAUGUAGACAGGAGGUUUGAGUUUGACAACAUUUUUGGAAACUUACGAGAUUUUUCCAUAGAAAGUCGGUUUAUUAUGACAACAAGAGACAUAAGGGUUUUAGACUUCUUUGAAGAAUGUAGGUUGUUCGAAGCCAAAGUAAUGACUCGCAUUGAUUCUUUUCAACUUUUUAGAAAACAUGCAUUUGGAGUGGGUGAUCAUCAAGAAGAAAAAGAAAUUCUUUGUGAGGAAUUUGUAAAAGCUGCUGCAGGACUUCCUCUAGCUUUAAAAGUCAUAGGAUCGCUUUUGUUUCGCAAAGAGAAAAGAGUUUGGCAAGAAAAGUUGGAGGAAUUAAAGGAAAGACCUUCUGAUACUAGGGUGCAUGAGAUAUUGAAAAUAAGUUAUAAUGAUUUAACUCCCGCUGAAAAAGAUAUCUUUUUGGAUAUUGCUUGUUUCUUCGUUGGGAAAACUAAAGAAUUACCCUUUUACAUGUGGAAUGACUGCAAGUUUUAUCCAGAAAGUAGUGUUAGCAGUCUUAUCCUUAGAUCCUUGUUAAGAAUUGAUGAGAGGAACCAAUUCUGGAUGCAUGACCACAUUAGAGACCUUGGUCGAGCUAUUGUUCGCGAAGAAAAUAUCAAGCAGUCAUGGAAACGUAGUAGGAUAUGGUCUGAGGAAGAGGCGUUGGAUAUGUUAGAAAAUGGAAAGGGAAAUGACAAGGUAGAAGUUCUUAGAGUCAACUUGGGAGAUCGAGAUGUUCUGAAGUUGACGGAUGAAGAAUUUAGGAAUUUAUCAGGGGUAAGGUUUCUUGAAGUGAGGGGUGGCAGAAUGACGGGAGAUUUCAGUAAGAUUCUUCCAAAUAUACGAUGGCUUCAGUUGUGCCUCUGUCGUUCAAUUCCAACUGAUGUUAACCUGAAGAAAGUCAUAAUUCUUAAUUUGGAAGGAUCCUACGUUAGGGAUGAUUGGAAAGGCUGGAAAAGAGUUAAGGAAGGUAAGAAGCUGAAAGUGGUAAAUCUACGGCAAUGCGAGGACUUGGUGAAAGCUCCGGACUUGUCAUCCUGUGGCAGACUAGAGGUGAUAAAUCUUGAGCUCUGUACUAAGAUGGGAGGGGAACUGCAUAUUGGCAAUUUCAAGAAUUUGAAACUGCUGAGGCUCUCGAGUAGCAAGAUAACAGAGUUGAAAGGUGAUAUUCAAAUGCUUCAAGACCUGGAGGAGAUCGAUGCUUCCAAUUUGACCGAAAUGCCUGCUGGUAUUGGUAAUUUAAACUCUCUGGAAAUCUUGAUGUUGAUCUUAUCGCGAGUGGAAUUGCCUGCACUCCCCACAAGUUUAAAGAAGCUGUGGCUUUCGUCCCCCAGUGUUCCCAAUCUGUUGGAGCUCAAGGACUUGGAAGAUCUAUGCUUUCAGCAUUGUCACGGAGCGCCUGAAAUUCCUGGAGAUAUAUGGCUGCACCUAACCAAGUUGAAGAAACUGACAGUAUCUUUUUCCCACUGCAAGAGUCUAUUACUGCAAGUGGAGUCAGUUGCAGACUCGGUUGCCAAGCUCCCAUCAUCUCUAAACAGCCUUGUGGUUUCUUGUAUGCAAUUGGAGACACUGCCGGACCUUGCAAAUCUGAGUAAUUUAAUCGAACUACGACUUCGGUCAGUCCAGGUAGAUGAGAUACAUGGUGUUGGACAGCUGAAAAUGUUGGAAGCUUUUGCAAUAUCUGAUGCGCCAAACCUUAAAAGUCUCGACGGUCUAGAAAAUUUAGUGCUAUUGCAACGGCUUACUGUGGUCUACUGUGGUGCACUGGAGAAACUGCCAAGUAUUUCCAAUCUGACCAAGUUACACACAUUAGUGAUUCGUAGUUGUUGGGCCCUGUUUGAAAUCCAAGGGCUGGAUGCAUCCAUGGGAGAGUCUUCUUUAACACAUUUAGAAGUAAGUUGCUGUCCCAAGUUAGCUAGUGUUGAAGAACUUCUUCAAUCUCUGCAAGCACUGCAAACUUUGAAACUGACAAACUUUCAGGCACUAGAAACACUACUACUACGUCUUUCUUCUUUGUCCAAAAUCCUUCAUCUUGCUGGUCUUGGUAAACUACAUGUUAUAACUAUUUCAGGAUGCCAGCAAUUGACUGAGAUUACAGGGUUUGACACAUUGCAGUCGUUAGAAGAGUUAGAUAUUUCAUAUUGCACCUCCAUUCAGAAGCUGUCGGGUCUAUCUACCCUCAAGAAUUUGAAGAACCUAAGAAUUUGGUCUGGCAGACAAUUGACCGAGAUGGAAGAGCUCGACCUGUUGGAAUCGCUAGAACGAUUAGAACUGCACCGCUGCACGUCAAUGAAGAAGCUGCCAAAUCUGUGUCACCUCAAAAAGUUGAACUGUUUGAGUAUUAGUGAAUGCAGGUCGUUGACGUCGACGGAGGAUUGCGGGAUAGAUGGUUUGAAUUCAUUGCAACGGCUCAACAUUUCCUGGUGCACAUCAAUUCUGAAGUUGCCAAAUUUAUGUGGUCUCACGAAACUGACAAAUAUGGAUAUCAUAGGAUGCACAAAAGUGACGGAGGUGAUGGGGCUAGAAAGACUGGAGUCGCUGGUACGGCUAAAGUUGAAUGACUGUGCAUCAAUUGUGAGGUUGCCUGAUCUAUCAGCACUCAAGAAUCUGACACUGUUAAACAUCAGCGGAUGCACACAACUGACCGAGGUUACAGGACUUGAGAGUUUGGAAUCUUUGCAAGUGCUAGCGAUGUCGAGGUGCAAGUCAGUUAGCAAGUUGCCUGAUCUAUCUAUUCUUGAGUACCUCAGAUACUUGAAUAUUAGCAAAUGUACGCAGUUGAAGGAGGUCAUAGGAGUCGAGAGGUUGGAAUGGUUGGAACUGCUAGCUAUGUCACAUUGCAAGUCAAUCAAGCAGCUGUCAGAUUUAUCUGGUCUAAAAUAUCUGAAGCACUUGGAUAUUAGACAGUGCAGGCGGUUGACUGAAAUCAAGGGCCUCCAGGAAUUAAAAUCCUUGGAAGUACUGGGGGUGCACGAUCCCAUAUCUGCUCCGGGGUUGAUGGAUGGCAUGUCGGAAUUACAUCAGAAGUACCUAAUGUGA